AUGAAAUUUGAGGACGGGGGCUCUGCAAUCAUUCGAUUUCCCAAGCCUGGAGCGGUCAUGUUCCCCGAGGAGAAAGUUCGCAACGAGGUUGCGGCGAUGCGAUUCAUCCAAGACCAUACCUCGAUUCCGGUGCCAUCUAUCUUCCAUUGGGGUACCAAGGAGGAAAGUCCUAUUGGAUUAUUUUUUAUUAUAUUGGAAUAUAUUGAGCAUGAAAUGGACUUGAGCGAUGCGCUGAACAUACAUCGGCGUGGUUCCGGAGAGCGCUAG